CCGGUUUUGGCGGUAAAUUUUCCGACUUUUCGCGCUUGCGACUUCCACGUGUCGGGCUUAAAAACAAAUAAACUGUAACUUUCAUUGAUCAACACACGGUUGUGUAACAGAACUUUUUUGUAAACUAUGAACAAUAUAGUGACAAAAUGAAAGUACAAUUUUGAAACAACGUAGCUUCUUAACUAAUGAUUGUGGUGUGUGGCUGUCUUCAUUUUUAUGGGAAAGUUGAACAUAGAACUGAACUCAUGUUUUCGCCAUCUACGAAAGCAGCCUGGUGUCUGGCAACAUUUCUCAGUGUCUUCGUUACAGGUGAAAUACCAAUCCAUGCGGAAGUGGAACCGGAGUUCCUGGCGCCGCUGGAGAACCACACGGUGACGCAGGGCCGCGAUGUGCACUUCACGUGCGUCGUCAACCAUCUCUCCAACUAUAGGGUGGCAUGGAUAAAGUCGGACUCGAAGGCGAUCCUCGCGAUCCACACUAACAUGGUGGCGCUGAACCCGCGCCUGUCCGUCACCUACAACAACCACAACACCUGGAAGCUGCACGUCAGCAACGUGCAGGCCAACGACUCUGGCACCUACAUGUGUCAGGUCAACACUGACCCGAUGAAGAGUCAGAUGGGUCACCUAGCGGUAGUAAUACCACCGGACAUAGUGGACACGGUAAGCGAGGGCAGCUCGGCGCGCGAGGGUGGCAACGUGCGGUUAGCGUGCAGCGCGACGGGCGUGCCGCCGCCCGCUGUCAUGUGGCGUCGAGAACACAACAAGCCCAUCGUGUUCCGCCACGACGGCGGCCGGGAGAGGAAAGUGGUGGAGGUCCACAAGGGGGAGAGCCUGGACAUGUCACACGUCCAACGGAGCGACAUGGGCGCCUACUACUGCAUCGCUAGCAACGGCGUGCCCCCUACCGUCAGUCGGCGGUACCACGUGCAAGUACAUUUCAUUCCACAAGUGAAAGUUACUAAUCAGCUGGUUGGAGCCCCGCUGGGCAGCGACGUGGCUUUACAGUGCUACAUCGAAGCAUCCCCUAAAGCUAUGAACUCGUGGUAUCGAGAAGACUCCUUAGUCAGCGACAAGCUUCUUGAGAACCCCAAAUUCCGUGUAACUGAAACCAUAGUGAACGAGUAUUCUCUGUGGAUGAAUUUAACUAUAAAAUCAUUGGCACCGAGUGAUUUUGGAACUUACGUGUGCGCGUCCGUCAACGCGUUGGGAAAGAUGGAGAGCCAAGUCAGCUUACACAGAUUAGAGCUGAACGGUUUCCCCGACGAGCCGCUGGUGUCGGGCGCGGCGUGGCAGCGCGCGCGCAAUCUCCCCGCGCGUGCGCACCCCGCCUCGUCGCACGCGCAGUACUCCCUUGCUCAGCGACUGCCACCACAACUCUAUGCUCUCAUGCUUACUGCUCUCAGAUAUGUCACUACGUUUUAAUUCUAUGAAUAUUCAUGACAACCAUGUCUUAUAAAUGUGCAUUACUGUAGUAGAAAUGGACAUUGCAUCUAGUUGGAGAUGGAGAUGAUGGGUGAUUAACAGUAACACAUUCAGCGUCAGGAUAUGCUACGCGCUACGGGCGUAGCUAAAUAAAUCCCGUGUAUCAAUAGGUACAGUGGCUACGAACAGAGCUCGUGCCACGCCGGAUGCUACCAGUUCAUUUGUUUGAGGAAUGUGUUGUGGAAUUGACAUUCAUUAUACUAUUUACGAAUAUUCAAUUUCAUUAAUACACAAGGUAAAGUUGAGGUUGCGCACCAUAGGCCACAAUGGUUAGACAUGGUUAAAUUAUAGAUAUCUACGCGUUUUUCUCAAAGUUGAGCAUUUAAAUAUAAUGUCUUGAUCACUACCAACUUAUGCAUAAUAUAACCGUGCAAAAAUUUGUGAAAAAUUUAAUAAAAUGAAUAACGCAUUCUGGUCUGCAAAUGAUCAGAAUUUUAAAAUACUUGUUAACAGAAUGGUCAUUAUUAAAGUACAAGAGUUUUUUAGAAAAGCGAACAUCAAAUUCUUAAAAACGCUUCGCAAUGAAAACUUCCUUAAUCAUAUUUUGAGGUUUUUGGAGCGAGCGUAAAUAUAUUUAGGACGAUAAAAAUUCAUAAAGCAAAGUUUGAAAGAUGAAUACUUUAUCUCCAAUGCUCUGUAUUUGCAUAUUUUAAAAUUUUAUCCCACAAUAUGUAAUCAUUAAGAUAUAGUAGUAUAUAAUAAAUUAUUAUAAGAAACGUAACUUACAUCUUAUCGAUCAAAAAUGUAAAUAAAUUAUGGAAUGUUUGAAGAUAAAAAAUUUAGGCUAAACUUACUUUAUCAUUCCUACAUCAAAACAUUACUUUCUCAAUAAUCAUAAUAUUCGUAAUGCAAUCCUUCUGAACUACACCUAAAACUGUUGAAAAAGAACCCACAUUGUGUUUAGAUCUAGAUAACUAAACACGUAUUCAUAUAUAAAUUCAUAUUUGUAUUGUUUUUACUAUAAUCCAAAGUUUGUUUUGGAAGUACCAAAACCGGUCCAAAUGUUUGAUGCACAGUCAGUAUGCUAAAUUGCUAAUCUGUAUUCUACAUUAUUUUGUAUUUGAAAGUUUAAACUAUAGUUACAAAGUAUACGUUUUUUAGUUUAAUUAUAUAUUGGGUUGGCACAAAAGUAAUGAGACACUUGGUUUAUGUUUUAUAUUUUUUAU